UAUAAUCGGCGCAAAUUACAUUGAAUCGCCCUUUGAUGCUUACUGUGCAUGUGGGGGCCCCUUGCUUGUUUUAAUUCGAGAUAUAAAUGGGAAACAGCACGUUAUUUACCAUUAUUUUUGUGACAUAACCUCGCUUUAAUAACAGCGAUGUAUUUCACGAAAAUGGCUCUGAAUCGCUACUUGCUCCACUUUUCGUACAUCGGGACCCCUUUCAUGGGGGCUCAGAGGCAAGUCACCGGUCGAAUGCCCCGGCCCGAUGACCCCUCCACGGUCCAAGGGCAGCUCGAAAUGGCUUUGAAACGACUGAACCCGACUAACGACCCUGUCGUGUAUUUGUCUAGCAGGACCGAUUCGGGGGUCCACGCUUUAAAUUCCACGUGCCAUGUUGAUCUGUACCGCUCGAAUGAGCUCGAGUAUGAACCCAAAACUAUAACAAUCUGUCUCAAUCGAUACUUUGACAAAAAUGAAGUCCCCAUUCGUGUAAUUAAGACGUAUUGGGUCCCCCCGGAUUUCCACUGUCGACAUACUGCAAUCUCGCGGACUUAUCUCUACCGAAUUGCGAUCGCAAAGACUGGAGUAACGGAACAUGCGACCAUUCUCAAUUUAUUACCAAUUGAAGAAUACCAGCGUUGUUUAUUCUUUUACUGUGAUUCCUUCAAUAUUGACGAAAUGAAAGAGGCGGCUAAAGUGUUUGAAGGACUGCAUGAUUUUCGGACUUUUAUGGGGCGCGGGUCGCACGACCCCGACAAAAUCACUCGGCGAGUUGUUACCAGGGUUGAUGUUUGCGAUGGGAGGGCUCUAACUUAUAGUUCCUUUAGUUGGCCCCGAUUUGCGUCAGGUUCCGCUGAGAAUUACCAGUUUUACGAUAUUUAUGUCCAAGCGACUGGUUUUCUUUACCGCCAGGUGCGUCGCAUGGUGGCAUCGCUGAUAGCCGUAGGUCAAGGUAAAAAAACGCGUAGGGAGCUAAAGUUGAUGCUGGAAGUGCCGUCGCAUCGGAGUUGGGACGAGCGAAUAAAGACAGUGCCGGCGUACGGUCUGUACCUUUGCGAGGUGGAGUAUUCGGAUCGGCAUAGGUCCGCGUUUAGAGAGGGCUUGCAAGGGGGCCAAUAG